AAUUAAAACAUCAAACAUGAUAAAUGUAUUAAAUGGCACACUAUGCAUACGGACAUACUAUGUCCACUAAUUGUCCAGACUAUUAUUAUGUAAGUAUAUUCUUGAUGUAAACAAAAUAUUUUAUUUUGCAUUUUAGUUUUUUAAAGUCAUGACGGGGAUUAAAAAAAUAAAAACAGUUUCCAACAACGAAAAUUCUGAUAAAAUUGUGCUGCAAAAAGCAAAAAAAUCAAAUUCAAAACACAAAGGUCUAAUGAAUGCAUCGAAUCGUCUUAAUAUUAUGAAAGAUCAGGUACAAGCAGCAUGCAUAAAAUUGAACGAAGAGGAACAAUGUACUGCAGAAAUAAUUGAAGAAAACUCAUCAAAUUUACCAGAUAAAGAUGACAAGGAAACAACAUAUUUUAGAGAUUCAGGGCGUAGAAAAUCCAAAAGGUUAAGCAAACGCAGAAAAAUAGAAUCAGUUGGGUAUGAAGAGGAACUAGGUACUGCAGAAAUAAUUGAAGAAAGCUCAUCAAAUUUACCAGAUAAAGAUGGCAAUGAAACAGCAAAACUUGAAAAAGUACAGCUGACUAUGAAAUGUUUGGUACAUUUAAAAGAUUAUUAUAAAAUGGAAAGUCCAAACAUAAUUGAAACAAUGGAGUCAGAAAUGAAACAAUGUACUGAAACAACAACUGAAUACUCAUCUAAUUUACCCGAUAAAAAUGAAGAUUGUAUUUCACCUGUUUCUUUGGAAAGUGCAGAAUACAGAAAACCUAAAAGCUUUAAGAAAAACAAAAAAAUGGAAUCAGUUGGGUAUGAAGAGGAACAAGGUAUUUCAAAAACAAUUCUAGAAAACUCGUCAACGUUACCAGAUACAGAUGACAAUGAAGGAUCGAUACACGAAAAACCCAAAGCCAAAAAAGUUACUUUCAAUAAACUUCGACGCAUAAAAAAAUUUAGUUCAAAAAGUCACUUCAAAUCAAAUAGUAAUAAUAAGAAAGAAAAAGAUGCCAGUGAAAAUAAACCUGAAUCGAGAAAAACUAAAAGUAUAAAUAAAACAGAUACGUUGGGUAUGAGUUCUUCAAACACAGAAAUGAAAUCAGUUGGGUAUGAAGAGGAACGAUGUACUGCAGAAAUAAUUGAAGAAAACUCAUCAAAUUUACCAGAUAAAGAUGACAAUGAAACAACAUAUUUUAGAGAUUCAGGGCGUAGAAAAUCCAAAAGGUUUACCAAACGCAUAAAAAAAGAAUCAGUUGGGUAUGAAGAGGAAGAAGGUACUACAGAAAUAAUUAAAGAAAGCUCAUCAAAUUCACCAGAUAAAGAUGGAAAUAAAACAGCAUGCCAAAAUAUUUUGAAAACCACAGAAAUGGAAUCAGUUGGGUAUGAAGAUGAACAGUGUACUGUAGAAAUAAUUGAAGAAAACUCAUCAAAUUUACCAGAUAAAUAUGACAAUGAAACACCAUAUUUUAGAGAUUCAGGACGUAGAAAAUCCAAAAGGUUUACCAAACGAAUAAAAAAAGAAUCAGUUGGGUAUGAAGAGGAAGAAGGUACUGCAGAAAUAAUUGAAGAAAUCCCAUCAAAUUCACCAGAUAAAGAUUGCAAUAAAACAGCCUGGCAAAAUAUUUUGAAAACCACAGAAAUGGAAUCAGUUGGGUAUGAACAGGAACAAGCUACUUCAGAAACAACUCUAGAAAACUCAUCAAUUUUACUAGAUAUAGAUGACGAAGAAAUAAUACUUACUGAAAGUGCUACACUUGAAAUAAUACAGAAUAUGAAUAUUUCGAGCAAUUUAGAAAAAUUAGAAAAUACAAUGAAAAGUCAAAACACAAAAAUUAUAAAUGAAAUGAAACAAUGCACUGAAACAACAACUGAAUACUCAUCAAUUUUACCAAAUACAGAUGACAAUGAAACAAUACUUACUGAAAGUGCAAAACUUGAAAUGGAAUGUUCAUCAAAUUUCAAUAGUAAGAUCAAAAGAAAAUUAUCUAAAGUUGAAGUUAUAGUUGAAGUACUACAGGAUUAUCUAAAACGUUUUAAGUCUUCAUAAAUAAAUAAGUAUUAUAGGCCAUACGUUAUACAUUUAGAUACAUUUUACUUAU